AUGCGUCUUCUCGCGUCGACUACGCUAGUGAUAGUGACAUGUUGCGCUCUAUGUGACUAUGCCGUGACACUCGUCUCGCUCACGGUGAAAACACCAGCCCAAGGGCUCGCGGCACAGCGCGCAUGCUUCCGAAUAAGUCAAAGUCUGCUUACUCUCGACAGGCUUGGUCCCACUCGGGUAUACGACGCUGUCGUGUUCACCAUACGUGCUGUGUCGAUCACCUCUGGUGGUAUCACGACAGCAGUCUUCCUGACUAUCUCUCACCUUUUGGCUGCGGCCAGCAGACGGAAGCACAUGAGUCCUGAGGCGAAAAAGCUCGUCAGACUCGCGGGAGCUUGGCUGAAUAUGGCGUCAGUCACGUGGGCAUUUAUAUCCUUGCUGAGGCACGUGCCAGGAUUUUGCCCUGUUUGCGAGAAAAAUGGUUCACCCGAUGUCAAUGUUAUUGGUGGAUACUCCUUGGAUAAACCCACCACGACUGGCGGCACUCUCUCGAAUCUUGGUUUGGUCAAGAAUGCGAGGCGACGUCGUGAGUUGACUACGCUGCGCAACAUAACCUUCAUAUCAUGCUAUGACGGGGAUACAUGUUUCUUUACACUCCCAGAGGUCGUUGAGCACGUGCCGGAGCUCGCACCUCUGUUUGGUGCUCGAAUUGCUGUGCGCAUAUAUGGCAUUGAUUGCCCGGAGCUUGGGGGGCGUGCAAAGUGUGCGAGGGAAAGACAGCUAGCUAUCCGGGCACGUGACGUUGCGGAUUCCAUGCUUCGCUCGGCGAUAUCCCUGCAAGUGACGGAUGCACGACCUGACAAGUUCUUCCGCGUUCUUGGCCGGUUGAUCCUGAACAAUAGUGUCGAACUCGGCAAAGAACUGGUGCGCGGAAAGCUCGCCGUUGAAUAUUCCGGCAAGGCAAGAUCAGGCGAGACAUGGUGUAUGUGA